AAAAGGGAGGUGGGCGGUUUUGUGAAUGAGAGGGGGCGGGGCCUCACGGGAGCCACGCCCACCGGCCUACCAGAGCGCUGAGUAGGGAUUUGGCGCUGCGAGGCGAAGCCAUGAAAGUUGGCGUGACCCACUGCAGGUGUUCCCGGUGCUUUUCCGUCCCGUCCAAACGCCGGAUGAAGAAGCGUCCCCGAGUCCUGACGCUCCUCUGCCUCCCGGAAGACGUCCUCUUCCAUGUCCUUAAAGGGCUUCCUGCUGAAGAUCUCCUCUCCCUUCGAGCUGUUCACUCUCACCUUAAGUACCUUGUCGAUAACCACUCAAGCGUCUGGGCCUGUGCAAGCUUCCAAGAAGUGUGGCCGUCGCCCAGUAACUUGAACAUGUUCGAAAGAGCUGCAGGAAAAGGCAACUUCGAAGCAGCCGUGAAGCUUGGCAUCGCUUACCUCUACAACGAAGGCUUAUCGGUCUCGGACGAGGGCCGUGCGGAAGUGAACGGGCUGAAAGCGUCCCGCUUCUUCAGCCUGGCGGAGCGCCUGAACGCCUCGGCCGCCCCCUUCGUCUGGCUCUUCAUCCGCCCACCGUGGUCCCCGAGCGGAAGCUGCUGCAAAGCCGUGGUCUUCCAGAGCCUCAAGGCCGAGUGCCGGCUGCAAAACGGGACACAAAGAGGCUCCAUUCUCUAUUGUUUGGCCAAGGUUCUUAAUCUCUUUGAGGAUGAAGAAAAGAGGAAAGAAGCUCUAGAGAUGUUUGAGAACUCCUCCAAGCAAGGCUGCUUGCAUAGUUCUUACCUCCUCUGGGAAAGCAAUAGGAAAGCUUCGAUGGCAGACCCUGGCCGAUACCUCCAGAGCUUGAGGAAACUCAGAGACUAUGCCGCCAAAGGCUCUUGGGAAGCCCAGCUCGCUCUAGCCAAAGCUUGUGGGAAUGGGAACCAACUGGGACUGGAGACAAAGGCUGCCAACGAGACGGUGUCUCAGCUCUUCCAAGCCGCCCCUCCUCUCCGCAAGCAGAGCAUCUUCACCGUCCAGAAGGGAAUGAACGAGACCAUGAGGUACAUCCUGGUGGACUGGCUGGUGGAGGUGGCCACCAUGAAGGACUUCUCCAGCCUCUGCCUCCACCUGACCGUCGGCUGCGUGGACCGGUACUUGAAAAUACGGCCCGUACCGAGGGUUUCUCUGCAGCUCUUGGGAAUCGCAUGCAUGGUGAUUUGCACACGUUUUAUCAGCAAAGAGAUCCUGACGAUAAGGGAAGCGGUUUGGCUCACUGACAACACUUACAAGUAUGAAGACCUGGUCAGGAUGAUGGGAGAGAUCAUUUCUGCCUUAGAGGGGAAGAUACGGAUUCCCACGAUUGUGGACUACAAAGAAGUGCUACUGAACAUAACUCCAAUGGAGAAAAGAACUGCUUACCUCUACAGCUUUAUCUGCGAGCUCUCCCUGCUCAACACGGGCCUUUGCGUUUACUCUCCGGCCCGUUUGGCCGCCGCGGCUUUGCUGCUAGCCAAAGUGUUACACAAACAAGCACAUCCUUGGAACAGCCCGCUGUCGGAAAGCACUGGAUUUUCCCUCGAAGAGCUGAUACCUUGUGCGCUGAGCCUGCACAAGAAAUGUUUCCACGAGGACGUCCCGAAAGAUUACAGGCAGGUGUCACUCACAGCAGUGAAGCAGCGCUUUGAAGACGAGCGCUAUGAAGAAGUCGGCAAAGAGGAGGUGAUGAGUUACGGCCAGCUCUGCUCGCUGCUAGGAGUGAAGGAAGAGCAUCCGGAGACCGGUUCGUUGUACAUGAACACGGUGGAAACCUUCCUCACCUCCCCGUCGGGAAAAAGAACUAAAAGGAGAAGAGAAGACAGCAUCCAAGAGGACCGGGGGAGUUUUGUGACGACCCCCACGGCCGAGCUUUCCAACCAGGAGGAGAGUCUUCUGGACAACUUUCUGGACUGGAGUUUGGAUUCCUGCUCCGGCUACGAAGGCGACCAAGAAAGCGAAGGCGAGAAGGACGGAGACAUUACAAUUCCCAGUGGAGUCCUAGACGUGGCCGUGGCCUGCAUGGACCCCGAAAAGCGUGCUGUUGGCGGGUGCUGCUGUGACGCAUCCAGCGACGAAGAGAGCCUUGCGAAAGAAGCGUCCGUGUCCAGUUUCAAGGAGGAUGGCCAUCCUGUGGCUGAGAAGAAAUGGUCCGCGGGCCAACGUGGCUUAUUACCGGCCUCUUCCAUGGAUGCCAGCUCUGGGUAUUCCUCGGUCCACAGCACCAGCCCCGGCUCCGCCGUCGAUUGCAACUUCGGCACUUCGUGCAAAGCCGCUACCUCAGCAGCACAGCCGUUGGUUACCACUAUGAGCAAAGGCCCACGGCUGCCACGCAACCCUGUCUUGCGUUUACAGCCCGAACGGAGGCAAGCUAAGCGGAAAAACGUGGCCGAGUACAGCGAGGAGGAGAGGAUGAACCUGGGCUUCUUAAGCCUCUGAUGCCGCAACAUGGGAGUUGAAGUCCACAUUGCACACGUUGGGUUGUGGCCUUUGCAGGGCUGGUCUCGUUCUCUUGUUUACUAAAGGCUUUCCCCACGGAUUCGGCACCUCCUCUUGUGGUUCAGCUUUGAAACCCAAUUUAAUAAGGCUUAAGGCAUUGUUAGCAGGUUUAACCAGUUCUGUGGGCGACGUGGCCGGGAUCGCCUCCAUAAUCUGACCCUUGUGCCAGGGCAUAUGCAAGGUGUCCCGAAAAAAUGUAUACACACAACAUUCCCAAAUUAUUAAGUCAACGUGUUGUCGAAGGCUUUCAUAUAAUAAAUGAUAAAACUUUAUUUAUAUACCGCGUUAUCUCCCGGAUGGGACUCAGGGCGGUUUACAGUCAUAAAAGCAACACAAACAUUACAUAACAACGUAAUAACACAUUAUUAAACAAAGUAAAAUAAUACAAUUAUAACAAUAAAUAACACUUACAUGGCCGGGAUCACAAGGUUGUUGUAUGUUUAUUAAACAAAGUAAAAUAAUACAAUUAUAACAAUAAAUAACACUUACAUAGCCGGGAUCACAAGGUUGUUGUAUGUUUCCCGGGCUAUACAGCCAUAUUCCAGAAGCAUCCUCUCCUGACGUUUUGCCCACAUCUAUGGCAGGCAUCCUCAGAGGUUGUGAGGUAUAUAGAAAAACUAAGCAAGGAAGGUUUAUAUAUCUGGGUGGAGAGAAGAACUCUUGUCUGUUGGAGGCCAGUGUGAAUGUUGGAAUUAAUCACCUUUGCUAGCAUUAAAUGGCCUUCCCAGCCUCACAUCCUGGCCUGGGGGAAUCCUUUGUUCAGAGUCAUUAGCUGCCCCCUGAUUGAUUCCUGUCUGGAAUUCCACACUGGCCUCCAACAGACAAAAAAAAGAGAUAUAUAAACCUUCCUUGCUUAGUUUCUCCAUAUACCUCAGAACCUCUGAGGAUGUCUGCCAUAGAUGUGGGCGAAACGUCAGGAGAGAAUGCUUCUGGAACAUGGCCAUACAGCCCGGAAAAUAUACAACAAUGCUAUAAAGUCAAUGUUUAUCAAAAUGAAUUUCGUUUUCAAAAUGGAAUAGAAUCUAGACAUUAUUACUUCCAGGAGCAUUUAAAAAUGCAUUUUGCUUUGUUCAAAGCUUAGCCUGAUUUCCAGUGGAAAAAAGAAACACGAACUGAGCUUUUAAAGUGUGUAUACAUUUUUUUUGGGACACUCUGUUUCUGAUCUGAUUUCCAAUGGGAAAAAAGAGACACCAACUGAGCUUUUAAAGUGUGUAUACGUUUUUUUGGGACACUGUUUCUGAUCUGAUUUCCAAUGGGAAAAAAGAAACACCAACUGAGCUUUUAAAGUGUGUAUACAUUUUUUUUGGGACACUCUGUUUCUGAUCUGAUUUCCAAUGGGAAAAAAGAGACACCAACUGAGCUUUUAAAGUGUGUAUACGUUUUUUUGGGACACUGUUUCUGAUCUGAUUUCCAAUGGGAAAAAAGAAACACCAAUUGAGUGUUUAAAAUGUGUGUAUACAUUUUUUUGGGACACUGUUUCUGAUCUGAUUUCCAAUGGGAAAAAAGAAACACCAACUGAGCUUUUAAAGUGUGUAUACAUUUUUUUGGGACACUUUGUUUCUGGUCUGUCUUGGCUUAGCUUCCAACAGCGGCUUUCCAGUUUGCAAAAGCCAUGGCUUAUUUGUGCGAUGGCCAGGAGUUCUGGGAACUGGAGUCCAAAAUACAUACCUAGAUAGCCCCAUUGUUGCCUUUCAAUCUGCCUUUUUUAUCAUUUUCAUUUUGGGGAUCUUGAACAUGGCUGAGAACACCUCCUUCUCCUCCUUUUCGUUCAUCUUGCAACAAAUGGAAGUGAUGAAGAAAAUGAAAACAUUUGCAAACAAAGUUCUCUAUAUGCUUCUCAAAACAUUAGUCUUUGGGAGGAACAUUUCCCCACCUAUGAAUUGAAUAAUUUCAAUUCGUAUUUGGAUUUGCCCAAGUGACUUGCAUUGCCUUAUUUUAAUUGUUUUGGUUGAUUCCAGAGUUUGCCAAGGAGCCUGUUUACUCACUCUUUUUUAUGUUGUUGUUUUAAAGGCUAGGUGCUAUUUUUGUGGCCAUUGUAUAACAAAUUGGAUAUUUUUUUCUGUGCUUUUUAAAAAAUAAUAAUUUUGUAAUACUCUUUUUCCCCUCUAUAUAUUUGUUUCCUUUUUUCCUGUGCCUUUAAGAUGCCAAACUAGAAUUCUUUUGUGUCUUGUCUCCUCCAAUCUCACCUUACAAAAGAAUGUGAUGACCGUCACUAAACCCAUAAAUCGAACCCAAAUUAAGGGUGAGGAAUGUGUGAUUCCUAUCAUAUCUGAUGCCCUAUAGCUCAUUGUUCACAAAAACUCCAAACUGAUAUGCCUGCAAUUUGAAUUCAUUUAUCAUGGAUUUAAGGGCUUGAACGUUAUUCUCUUGGAUUUGCAUGUGAGCAACACUUUGAUGGCACAAUCCCUGUUAUUAUUGUGAUUUUUGUACUAGGGGGAAAAAAAUAAUUUGAACAACAUCCUCUGUUCUGUCUAGAAAAGGGAUCUAUCCACAACAGGGUUUGAUGAAUUAUGCCUCCUUUAGAAUGUAUGUCAAUGGUACAAAAUGUGUGCACUUCUUAACAACGAUUUUGAAGAAAAAAAAGAAAACACUGGACAGGUUAAAUGAGUCCUUUUUAAAGAUAGUAAUGCCAAUGGCAGUUCACGUUGCUUAGUGGUGAUAUUUUUUUAUAAAAGCAAACGAUUUUUAUAUUAAAA